AUGUCCAGGUUGCUGUCAGCUGUAAUCAACAGGACACAAUGUAUGCCAAAAGGGAAGGUGGUAAACAGAGCCUCUCUGCCAAUUGGCGGCAUAGGAUUUGGGACUACAUGGGUUCUUUGGCUCAUGAGCAUGAAAUUUAGUGGUCCUAGCUCCCAUUUAGUAGUAGCUUGCUCCUUGCUGCUGCGUAACUACUUUGUUGUUGCAAUGGUCGAUUCCUUCCUGGAAAUACCAAGGACAUCAAACUCCAGAAAGCUGCAUCUUCUCUUUGCCUCCUUCAAGUGCCAGACUGAGCCAUCAACUUGGAAGGAUCAGCCUGCUUUAUAA